AUGCGCUCUGUCCUCGGACGGGAAGCCUCAGACGCAGUUAACCCAUCCAGCCAAGAAUACGAGGCUCUUACCAACGGUCAUAAGAAGUACCACCAUCACCAUCACGGCGGUCAUCCCCAACAUGAUCAUCAUCACCAUGGCGGUCAACACCACCACAAACACCAUGGAAAGCACCACCAUGGCAAGCCCCAUCAUGGCAAACACUACCACAAGAAGCCUCACAAGAAGCCCCACCAUCACAAACCCCCAAAGGUGGAGAUCGAUCGCCUGUCCUCGGAAGACCCAUCCCAUCAUAAUGUUCAAUGCUACGCCUACCUGCCAUUCAUCAAGGCUCUCGACCAGAUCAAAAUCGACAUGUUGGCGAAUGCUGAGAAACCCGAGGCGCUGAGUCUUGAGGCGGGUACGUUCAAGAACACGAUUAUCGGAAUGGGAAGGGUCAUGGUCAACAUCCAGCCACUCUUCCCCGCCAACAGCAAGGGCGUGUCUCUGCCUCUGAUCCAGGAUAUGCGAGUCUUGAUCCCUCUGAUCGACGCUGUGAUUUCCUGUGCCGGAGACAGCGGUGCCGACUGCUCUGGAAUCACCCAGCUGAUGAAUGACUUCAACGACGAGAUCACCAUGUAUUUGACCGAGCUUGCGGCGACUUCAGGAGCUGACGCCGCCGCGGUCCAGAACGUGAUAACGGGGAUCAACAGUGUCACAUCGAUCAUUGACGAUGUCUUCAAGACCCGCGAAGAUACGACACUGCCAGAUGCCGGAAAACUCCUCAACGGAAUCAUCGGAACCCUCAGCGGAAACUCCAAGAUCUUCAAGCAGGCGUCUCUCCCCGUCAACAUGUACUACGAGGCUGCCAAGGAGGUCCUGAGAUGUGAAGGCUUCGACAUCACGAUGUUCGCGGGCAAGUGCUCGGCCUAUGGUGAUCGUUUGCAAGGAAUCCUAACUAACGUCAUUGAGUGGAUCCAAACCACUCUCAACAACAUUCCUCUCAUUGGACCCAUUUUCACCACUCUGACCCUGGAAGCCCUCAAGCAGGUCGUGAUUACUUUGCAGAACGGAGGAGGAGAGGCUGUUGGCGGGGUCAUUGGAAUGGUCGUCGGUAUCAUCCACAUGUUUGGACUCGUCCUGGAUGCUGACAACACUGGUGAUCCCCAGACGGACGCCAUCCUCGCCUUCUUGGGCAUUGCCGAUGUUGCGGGAGACUGCGGUGGGCGGAAAGGCCAAGCGCAUGGGUGCUAUCGAAAUUGCGAAGAUCCUACUCCAGACCUUGGAUCAACUACAUCCUCGGUAACAUUCCUUUUGGCCUUGGAGCGAACGGCCUUAAUACCGGCACAUCGGCGGGCUAUCACUCUUGUCACUACUACCCUCAAGGGCGCGGCCAGUGUUAUCAACUUUUGUGUUUUGGCGACCUUUGGAGACGCGGACGAUGCGGACACCCCACCAACGCAGUCGUUGAUGUCUGGCACCCUCACCUUCUUCUAA